AUGCGACCUGAACACCCUCCUGGAACUAUCCCGCUGCUUGAGCGGCAAGCCGCAAGCGAGGCGUUGAAGGUCGUCCUCGUUCCUCAUCCUUCGAAUGACCCAAAUGAUCCGCUGAAUUGGAACAACUGGCGGAAAGCCUUCAACUAUCUCCUUGUCCUUGCAGCGACCUUGGCAAGCUUCACAGGCAUCAUGAUCCAACCAGUGCUUUGGCCACAGAUGGUAGAAGACAUGAAAAUGCCCAUCACGGCCUUUCAGCAUGGGCAGUCCGCAAACUUGGCCGGGUUGGCCACUGGAUGUGCGCUUUUCGUGCCCCUGACCAUCAAGUACGGUCGACGGUCAACAUACAUUGCAUCUGUCGCCGUCAUGGCAGCUGGAUGCUGGUGGACAGCAAGACGGACCAGUUAUGCUGAGGUGAUUCUGACCUCCAUCAUCAUCGGCUGGGCUGGGGCAAUCAAUGAAACAGUGGUCCAGAUGACAAUUGCGGAUCUAUAUUUCAUCCACCAAAGAGGCAGAGCCAAUGCAUUCUACCAAUUGGCCGUUGUAGCUGGCGGCUUCCUCACCCCAGUUGCCGCUGGUGCUCAGGCUACGGCUCACGGAUGGCGAUGGUGUUACUAUACCCUCGGCAUAACCCAGACCAUCCUCGCAAUCGUCUUCCUCUUUGGCUACGAGGAGACAAAAUACAACCGCGUCUCCAAUGGCUUACCUGACCUGCAAUCGUCAGUACAGCUGGAUGGAGUGAAGACUUCCCUCGACCAGGAUCAAGAUCUCAAAGAGGGCCAGACAGAUGUGCAGUCCGAACCUGGCCUCGCUGUUUCUAUAACAGAAGCAGAGAUACCAGCCCCGAACACAUAUUGGCAACGUAUGCGCUUCGUCACCACCACUCCAGAAUCGUUGUGGAGGCUUUUCAUCGCCCCAGUAUCGGUCCUCUUCCUCCCACACGUCUUGUUCACCGCAAUCCAGUACUCUUCCUCAAUCUGCUGGCUGGUGCUAUAUUCAGCCACGAGUCCUAUCAUCUUUUCAGCUCCGCCCUAUCUAUUCACGGCCUCUGGACUCGGGAAUCUGUUGUUAGGUCCCUUGGUAGGAACUAUCAUCGGCAGCGCCUAUGCAGGCAUUCUCUCGGAUCGACUUGUUGUUUGGCUUGCCAAAAGAAAUCACGGAGUAUUUGAACCUGAAAUGCGACUUCAUCUCCUCCUACCGGUCUACUUCGCCAUGGGUGGUGGUCUCAUCAUAUUCGGGGUGACUGCAGCUCACGGCCUGCACUGGAUCUAUCCAAGUAUCGGUGGUGCUUUGUUCGGUUUUGGCUUCAGCGCCAUGGGAGAUAUUACCUUCACCAUGGUCAUAGACAUAUACUAUGAGCUUACCGCUGAGGCAUUCGUGGGCGUCACCUUUGUAAGGAACGCGAUCAGCAUCGCCAUGCCGUUCACAGUUAGUCCGUGGUUAAAGAACAUGGGAAUGGCAAAUAUGUUCAUCGUUGUCGGAUGCCUCUGCUUUGGAAUUGGGAUGGCGUAUGUGCCUUUGCUGAUAUACGGGAAGAGGAUUCGUACUGCUUUAGGUCCACGUUAUUACAAAUUGGUGGAGAAGCGGCGGUUCUAUUGA